AAACUUCCUUGAAUGCAAAACGGAGGCGGGGGUACGGAGGAUCUGUCAUCAAGGACUGUUAUGGGUAGGGCCCGAGAUGUGAGGGAAGAGAGGGAGUGGUCCGCGGGUGGGAUCUGUCUAACAGACAAAUUAUGAAGCUCCCGUUCCCUGAAGUACAACUUGUCUCUUGCUGACUGAAGACCGAAGGGAAAGGUAUCCGAGGUGCCUCUCCCAGGGACAGGUAGAGGAGAGAAAAGAGACCAAGAUCGGCGUGGACAGAGGAUUAAGUAGGCAUGUUCGCGAAACGGUGCUCUGCCCUUGCUCCGGAAGAGCGCUACCGCCGAGCCCGGGCCCCGAGGCGGGUCUUGGGAGUGGAUGACAGGGACAUGGGGGAUGGCUGCUCUCAGAAGCUGGCGACUGUUAAUCUUCUCCGCUUCCUGUCACUGGUCCUGAUUCCAUGUGUCUGUGCUCUUGUCGUUCUACUGGUGAUCCUACUCCCUUUUGUUGGACAGAAAACCUAUUUUAAAUCAAAUGAAAGUGAACCUUUGGUCACUGAUGGUGAAGUUCAAGGGCCUGAUAUUAUUCAUAUAAAUACAGUAUACAACAAGAGUACAGUGACACCUACUGCUCGGCCCACCCAACACCAUCCAGCCUGGGACGUGGAAACUCCUCUCCGUGGGGACCAGCGUCACAGGAAUACAAGUGACUGCAUGAACAUCACCCACAGCCAGUGUCAGAUGUUGCCCUAUCACAUCACACCCACAUCUCUAAUCUCAACCACUGAAAACAUAGAAACAGAGAAGUUCCUCAAGUUCUUCACCUACCUCCAACGCCUCAGUUGCUAUAAAUAUAUCAUGCUAUUUGGCUGUAGUCUCGCUUUCCCUGAGUGCAUCAUUGAUGGUGAUGACAGGCAUGGCCUCCAGCCCUGUAGAUCUUUCUGUGAGGCUGCAAAAGAAGGCUGUGAAUCUGUCCUGGAGAUGGUGAACACUUCCUGGCCCAGUUUCCUAAAGUGCUCCCAGUUUAGAAACCAAUCUGAAAGCAGCAACAGCAGCAGAAUCUGCUUCUCACCUCAGCAGGAAAAUGGAAAGCAAUACUGCAGCGCGGAUCUGUUCCGCUGUCACACGGGCAAGUGCCUGAAUCACAGCUUUGUGUGUGAUGGAUAUGACGACUGUGGAGAUCUCAGUGAUGAGCAAAACUGCGACUGCAAUCCCACCAAGGAGCACCGCUGUGGGGACGGGCGCUGCAUCACGGCCGAGUGGGUGUGCGACGGUGACCACGACUGUGUGGACAAAUCUGAUGAGGCCAAUUGCUCUUGUGACAGUCAAGGUCUGGUGGAAUGCAGAAACGGACAGUGCAUCCCAAGCACUUUCCAGUGCGAUGGAGAUGAAGACUGUAAGGAUGGAAGUGAUGAGCAGGACUGCAGUGACAGCCAGACUCCAUGUCAAGAAGGAGACCAACAGUGCCGCUACAGUUCCUGCCUUGACUCCUGCGGUGGUAGCUCCCUGUGUGACCCGGACACCAGUCUGAGUAACUGUAGUCAGUGUGAACCAAUUACACUGGAACUGUGCAUGAAUUUGCCCUACAACCACACAAAAUAUCCAAAUUACCUUGGCCACAGGACUCAAAAGGAAGCAUCCAUCAGCUGGGAGUCCUCUCUUUUUCCGGCACUUGUUCCAACCAACUGUUACAAAUAUCUCAUGUUCUUUGCUUGCACAAUUUUGGUACCGAAGUGUGAUGUGAAUACAAGUCAACGUAUUCCCCCUUGCAGAGCACUGUGUGAGCACUCGAAAGAACGCUGUGAGUCUGUUCUUGGGAUUGUGGGCCUACAGUGGCCUGAAGACACAGAUUGUAAUCAAUUUCCAGAUGAAAAUUUUGACAAUCAAACCUGCCUAAUGCCUGAUGAAGAUGUGGAAGAAUGUUCACCUAGUCACUUCAAGUGCCACUCAGGAGGAUGCAUUCUGGCUUUCAGAAGAUGUGAUGGCCAGGCUGAUUGUGAUGAUGGCAGUGAUGAAGAAAACUGCGGCUGCAAAGAUAGAGAUCUUUGGGAAUGUCCAUCUAAUAAACAAUGUUUGAAGCACACAGUGAUUUGUGAUGGAUUUCCAGACUGCCCUGACAAUAUGGAUGAAAAAAACUGCUCAUCUUGCCAGGACGAUGAACUGGAAUGUGCCAACCAUGAGUGCGUGUCACGUGACCUGUGGUGUGACGGAGAAGCCGACUGCUCGGACAGCUCGGACGAAUGGGACUGCGUGACCCUCUCUGGAACUGUGAACUCCUCUUCACUCCUGAGUGUCCACCGAGCUGCAACAGAGUACUACGUGUGUGCGGAUGGCUGGCGGGAGACACUGAGUCAGCUGGCCUGCUCGCAGAUGGGUUUAGGACAACCAUCUGUGACGGAGUCAAUACCAGAAGAGGAGGAAAACCAGCCGUGGCUGAGGUUACACUCCAACUGGGAGAAUGCCAGGGGGACCACUCUGCACAAACUUUUGGUACCCGGGCAGUCUUGUCCCAGCAGAAAUAAGAUCUCUCUUCUGUGUACUAAAGAAGAUUGUGGGCGCCGCCCUGCUGCCCGAAUGAACAAGAGGAUCCUUGGGGGUCGGACAAGUCGCCCUGGAAGGUGGCCUUGGCAGUGCUCUCUGCAGAGUGAGCCCAGUGGACACAUUUGUGGCUGUGUCCUCAUUGCCAAGAAGUGGGUUCUGACUGUUGCCCAUUGUUUUGAGGGGAGAGAGAACGCUGCUAUGUGGAAAGUGGUGUUUGGCAUCAACAACCUGGACCACCCAUCUGUGUACAUGCAAACGCGCCUCGUGAAGACCAUUGUCCUGCACCCCCGCUACAGCCGUGCAGUAGUGGACUACGACAUCAGCAUAGUCGAGCUGAGUGAAGACAUUGAUGAGACAAGCUACGUCCGACCCAUCUGCUUACCCAGCCCAGGGCAGUCUCUACAACCAGACACGUACUGCUACAUCACAGGCUGGGGUCACAUGGGCAACAAGAUGCCUUUUAAGCUGCAAGAAGGAGAGGUCCGCGUUAUUUCUCUGGAACAGUGCCAGUCCUACUUUGACAUGAAGACCAUCACCACCCGGAUGAUUUGUGCUGGCUACGAGUCUGGCACUGUUGACUCAUGCAUGGGUGACAGUGGUGGACCGCUUGUUUGCGAGCAGCCUGGAGGACAGUGGACCUUGUUUGGUUUAACUUCAUGGGGCUCCAUCUGCUUUUCCAAAGUUUUGGGUCCUGGAGUGUAUAGCAACGUGUCAUACUUCAUUGGAUGGAUUGAGAAGCAAAUGUAUAUCCAGAGCUUCCUCCUACGUAAGCCUGAGGGUGAUCCGAGCCCUUUGCCAGCAACACACAGAGAGGAAGGCCGUGCCUGAGAAGGGCUGCCCGCGGAGGGCUGGACAGAGCUACUUUGCACGGACAAGGAGCUCCAUGCGCACUGAUAUUUUGUUUGUUUUAGACCAAUUUUAUUAGACUUCUUUUCCCGACUUUUGCCCUAAUUUAAAAUUUGAUGAAAAG